UACUUGAUUAACAGAGACUGAUAAAGUGAAAGCAUCUGAACACAGAUCAUCCGAUUAGUCACACAAUGUUUGAUACUCGCUCUCCAACGAUCUGUUGAUCAGUCAAGUAAUGAAUGUAAUAUAAGAUAGAGUGAUGUACGUAGGUCAAAGUGUUUUGUAGUUGAUAGAAUUUAAAAAAUGUCGAUAUUGACCUUGAUUUUUCUCUAUUCAACAUGUGUUGUAUUUCCUAUUUUGAUUAGUGCUGAUACCAGUGAUAAAUUGCGAUAUUGCGUAGCCAAGAACGUACACAAGCAGCAAAGUCAUCAAUUUAAUUUUUUAAAUUUGAACAAUAAUAAUGAUUCUAUAGAAUACAUCGUGGUGAAUGAAAGGUCCAAUUGCUUGAGACAACUGAUUACAGGCAAUGCCGAUUUUGCUGUCUUUGAACCCGAAGAUCUUGUAAUUAACUAUUUAAAUUCUAAUUAUGAAUCUCCAAUUUUAAUUACUCAUGAAUUGAGGUCUUCAAAGCUAGAUAAGACACGUUUUGAAAUGAUUCUUUUGGUUACUAAAAAUAUUAAAAACUUUAACGAUCUUGAAGAGAAAAGAUUGUGUCAUCCGGGAUAUGAUUCAGAUAUUGCCGAUUGGACAAGAACAUUCGCGGAUUACUUUCAUUCCUGGAUCUUUGCAAGGCAAUGUAACAGUGAUAAAACUUUACUUGGAAAUGAUAUAUCAUCGUUAUCAAAAUAUUUUCAAGCUGCAUGCAUUGCUGGGCCGUGGACAUUUGAUGCCAAACAAGAUAGUCAAUUGAAAACAAAGUAUCGGAAUUUGUGCGCAUUAUGUGAGAAUCCAAUUGGCUGUUACUCUAGUGAUAAAUAUCAUGGGCGUGAAGGGGCACUAUUGUGUCUUACUGAUAAUGUUGGAGAUGCAGCAUGGGUUCGAUUACAAGAUGCAAUAACACAUUUUCAAGCAGAAAAAAUAAAUAAAAACCUAUAUAAUUAUUUAUGCCCGGAUGGUUCAUCAAGACCAAUGAUUGAGGGUGUACCAUGUGUUUGGAUCACUAAACCUUGGCCCGUGAUUGCAGCACGACGCGGAAUUGUUGAGAAAGUUGCUAAGAAAAUUAAAUUAUUACGCACAAGUCAAGGAUCAUGGAAAAACAAUUUUUUGGAUCAGUUAGAAAAUUAUCAUGUAAUUCCUGUAAAUACUGAUAUUAUAAAAACACCUGGAGAUUAUUUAACUCAGUACAACGGCUUCGCUAGUGCAUAUUCAAGAAGUGAAUGUAGUCCUUCUCGAACAAUAAAGUGGUGUGUAGCAUCAAAUUUAGAAGAUCGAAAAUGUCAACAGAUUCGUGAUUUAGCUUUUUCCUAUGGAAUAGUACCAAAAAUAUCUUGUUAUCAGCGUCACGGACGUGAUGCCUGCAUUGAAGCAGUUCAUAAUGGAGACUAUGACUUUUUCAUAAUUAAACCUGAAGAAAUGAUGAAAGCUGAAGAAAAAAAUUUAGUUAAACUUUUGGAGUUAAUCUCCAAAAAAUCACAAGAUUUAAAUACUUAUGGAAUAUUAGUCAAAAAUGAUUCUAAAUACCAUACUCUUGAAGAUCUUGAGGGAGCUCACGCUUGUUUUACUAAAAAACAAAGUAUUGAAUGGAAUGCAUUUAUUGUUGUCAUGAGAAAUCGAACUAAAAAUCCUAUCUGGUAUUGCUCAAAUGACAAUGCAGUUACUCAUUUUUUUCAAAGAAUUAUUUUAAAUAAUCAGAAUAAUAACAAUGACAAUAAUGAUAAUGACGACAAUGACAUUCAUAAUAACGGUUUAAAUGAAGAAUCAAUUUCUAUUGAAAAUACAUAUGAGUGUUUGACUUCUGGAAAAGGUGAUGUAGCAUUCGUCAAUUUAAAUACAAAAAAUGAUUCAUAUCGAUCACACCAUAACUUAAGAAGUAUCUGCAUUGACAAAAAGUCCAAUGACUGUAUUUUAACAUGGACUACAUUAGGAACGAUUGUAGUCAAUGCAAAUAUGACUGAAAUAAGACGAGAUGAGAUUCGUAGUAUGCUUAUGGAAUUAAAUGUAUGGUUUGGAUCAAAGUUUGCUGGCCAGGCUUCUGCUCUCUCUUUAUAUGGUCCAUUUGAUUCACAUCGAAAUGUUAUUUUUUCGGAAAAAACUCAAAGUCUACAAGAUGAUUUAAACUAUGUAAGGCUGCCACGAAGUUAUGAAAACGUACUGAAACAAAUCAGGGAUCUUAGGACUCAAAAAACUCUUUGUAAUAAAGCUAAUUCAAGUGCCAUAUCGAGAAUCAUAUUUUUUAUAAGUUACUUAAUCAUUUUCAUUAAUUUUUUGUAAAACUGUGAUACAUCUUUUAAUGCCAAAAGGUAUUUUAAUACGUGAUAUGUAAUAUAUGUUACAUCAUAAGAUAAAAAUAAUCACAUU